AUGGACCCCCGACCAGAAAUCCAGAGGGCGACCGAUACAAAGCCCAGUGAAGCUCCAACCACAGCUGUCUUAAACCCAUGUUUGGAUCCCAUGACAUUGGCAAUGGACGACGAUCAAUAUCACUACACAGCCAGUGGGAACGUAACGUUAAACUCGGAGUAUAGCAAUUUCUCAAGCAAUGCUGGCAAUGAUAACCUUAACGGAGGCCGCAGUUCUUGCGUCACAUCUCAUGACUGUCCACAUCCUGAAGAGAAAUCGUUCGAUUGUAACUUGUGUGAUAAAACGUUCAAUAGGCCAUCUCAUCUUACCCGUCAUGGACGAUUUCACUCUGGAGAGAAACCGUUUCCGUGCAAAUACUGCGCCAAGCCGUUCGGUGACAAAUCCGCUCUAAAUGUUCAUGAACGUAUCCAUACCGGGGAGAAGCCGUUCAGGUGUUGUUACUGUGAUCAAAUGUUUCCCCGUAAUACCGAUCUUAGAAUUCAUGAACGUAGCCAUACUGGAGAGAGACCAUACAAGUGUAAAUCGUGCGAGAAGUCAUUCACGACGAAAUCAAAGCUCACCCGGCAUAGACGCAUCCAUACUGGAGAGAGACCAUACGAGUGUAAAUCGUGCGACAAGUCAUUCAAGACGAAAUCAAAUCUCACCGUGCAUCAACGCAUCCAUACUGGAGAGAGACAACACAAGUGUAACUUGUGUGAUAAGUCAUUCACGACGAAAUCAAAUCUCACCGUGCAUCAACGCAUCCAUACUGGUGAGAGACAACACAAGUGUAACUUGUGUGACAAGUCAUUCACGACGAAAUCAAAUCUCACAGUGCAUCAACGCAUCCAUACUGGUGAGAAACCAUACAAGUGUAAAGUAUGUGGCAAAGACUUCCAAGCAAUGUCAACUCUCGCAAAUCAUCAACGAAUCCACACUCCUGUGAGAAUCUGA